AAACCCAAGGAGGUGGAACAGCUCCAGAAGUAUGCAAUUUCCCAGAAGGCGACAACGCACCGCCUCUCCCAAGCCAGGUCCGAGCUGAGAGCCAAAUCUGCCAAGCCAGCCUCGCCGAAGGGAAGAAAACAAAAAUUGGCCUGGGAGGGAGAGAGAGAGAAAUUAAGAAAGGACCAUGUCUUUGCUAUGUGUUGGAGUCAAGAAAGCCAAAUUUGAUGGCCCCCAAGAAAAAUUCAACACGUACGUUACCCUCAAAGUCCAGAAUGUGAAGAGCACGACGAUAGCGGUGCGGGGAAAUCUUCCAUGCUGGGAGCAAGACUUCAUGUUCGAAAUCAACCGCCUGGACCUCGGGCUGACAGUGGAAGUGUGGAACAAGGGUCUAAUCUGGGACACGAUGGUGGGGACUGUGUGGAUUCCUCUAAGCACGAUCCGGCAAUCCAACGAGGAGGGGCCUGGGGAAUGGCUGACUCUCGACUCCCACGUCAUCAUGACGGACAAUGAGAUCUCUGGGACCAAGGACCCAACCUUCCACCGCAUCCUUUUGGACACUCGCUUUGAACUUCCACUUGAUAUACCUGAGGAGGAAGCACGCUACUGGGUCAAAGAGCUUGAGAGGCUCAAUGCGAUGCGAGAUCAGGAUGAUGUAAGUUUGUAAGAGGGCGCGCUUGAGAAGCCGCUGCCAGUACCCGGAUCUCAGUGCUGUAAGUACGAUGACCCCGACAGCACCAUGGACGACCGGGACAGCGACUACCGCAGCGAGACCAGCAAUAGCAUCCCUCCCCCUUUUUAUACCACCUCCCAGCCCAACGCUUCGGUCCACCAAUACCCCAUGCGGCACCAGCAGAGAGCGGGCAGGGACUCCUACGGCGAUUCCAUGCAGAGCUACGAGAUGGACUACUCUGACCAUCGCCCCAUGAGCCCCACGGGGAGCAGCCGCUACGCUUCGUCGGGGGAGCUGAGCCAGGGCAGCUCGCAGCUGAGCGACGACUUUGACCCCGACGACAUCAGCCUGGACGAGCGGGACGGGGACUCCUACCAUUCCUGCCACAGCUCGGUGAGCUACCACAAGGACUCGCCGCGCUGGGACGAGGAUGAAGACGACCUGUACCUGGACGAGGACGAGUUCAACGAGGAGUACAGCGACAACGAGGAGUAUUACCCCGAGGACAAGGUGGCAGAGCUUGAACCCGAGCCUCCCUACCCCGGGGACGCCUACCCGCAGCAAGAGCAGCAGCAGAAGGGCCAGGCACUGCAGCCGCCACAGCCGCCACAAGGCGUGGCAUCCCAGCAGAAGCCACUACAGCAGCAGCAGCGGAAAGUGGUGGAAGAGACGGCGGAAGAGCUUCCGGCAGGCCAGCAGAAGGAGCCGCCCGCAGAAGAGGCCCCUGCCCCGGAGAAAGUCCUUCAGGAGGAAGAACCCCCCAAGGAAGAGGAGAGGGAGAAGGAAGAGGCAGAACCGGUGGACCCCAAAGCCCGAGCAAAGGCGAAUUGGCUACGGGCUUUCAACAAAGUAUGCAUGCAGCUUCAGGAGGCUCGGGGCGAAGGAUCUGGAGAAUCGAAAUCCCUGUGGUUUAAAGGCGGACCGGGCGGCGGGCUCAUCAUAAUUGAUAGCAUGCCUGAUAUUCGCAAAAGGAAACCCAUCCCCUUAGUUAGCGAUUUGUCCUUGGUCCAGUCCAGGAAAGCUGGUAUCACAUCAGCACUCGCAUCAAGCACUUUAAACAACGAAGAGCUAAAAAACCAUGUUUACAAGAAGACCCUCCAAGCCUUAAUCUACCCCAUCUCUUGCACAACCCCCCACAACUUCGAGGUGUGGACCGCCACAACGCCCACCUACUGUUACGAGUGCGAGGGCCUGCUCUGGGGCAUUGCACGUCAAGGCAUGCGGUGUACAGAAUGCGGGGUCAAGUGCCACGAGAAGUGCCAAGACCUGCUCAACGCCGACUGCUUGCAAAGGGCGGCAGAGAAAAGUUCUAAGCACGGGGCGGAGGACCGCACGCAGAACAUUAUCAUGGUGCUGAAAGAUCGUAUGAAGAUCCGGGAGCGCAAUAAGCCCGAGAUCUUCGAGCUGAUCCAGGAGAUCUUCGCCGUCUCCAAGACCACUCACACCCAGCAGAUGAAAGCUGUGAAGCAGAGCGUUUUGGAUGGUACCUCUAAGUGGUCGGCCAAGAUCAGCAUCACAGUGGUUUGUGCACAAGGGCUGCAGGCGAAGGACAAGACAGGGUCCAGCGACCCGUACGUCACUGUCCAGGUUGGGAAGACGAAAAAGAGGACCAAGACCAUCUACGGCAACUUGAACCCGAUCUGGGAGGAGAACUUCCACUUUGAAUGCCAUAACUCCUCCGAUCGAAUCAAGGUGCGCGUCUGGGACGAAGACGACGACAUCAAGUCUAGGGUGAAGCAGCACUUUAAGAGAGAAUCUGACGACUUCCUUGGCCAGACGAUCAUCGAGGUGCGGACAUUGAGUGGGGAGAUGGACGUCUGGUACAAUCUGGAUAAGCGGACAGACAAAUCGGCUGUCUCUGGGGCGAUCCGCUUGCACAUCAGCGUGGAGAUCAAAGGCGAGGAGAAAGUGGCGCCGUAUCAUGUGCAAUACACCUGCCUCCAUGAGAACCUCUUCCAUUUUGUGACGGACAUCCAAAACAACGGCGUGGUGAAAAUACCCGAGGCGAAGGGUGACGACGCGUGGAAAGUGUACUUCGACGAAACCGCCCAGGAGAUCGUGGACGAGUUUGCGAUGAGAUAUGGAGUGGAGUCCAUCUAUCAGGCCAUGACGCACUUUGCCUGCCUCUCUUCGAAAUACAUGUGCCCUGGGGUGCCAGCAGUCAUGAGCACCCUGUUGGCCAACAUCAACGCUUAUUAUGCUCAUACAACUGCCUCUACCAACGUCUCUGCCUCUGACCGUUUUGCCGCGUCCAAUUUCGGGAAAGAACGGUUUGUCAAACUUUUGGAUCAACUGCACAAUUCCCUCCGGAUCGAUCUCUCUAUGUACCGGAAUAACUUCCCUGCCAGCAGCCCGGAGAGGUUGCAGGACCUCAAAUCGACGGUGGACCUCUUGACCAGCAUCACUUUUUUCCGGAUGAAGGUCCAGGAACUUCAGAGUCCCCCGCGAGCCAGUCAGGUGGUAAAGGACUGUGUGAAAGCCUGCCUCAACUCCACGUACGAGUACAUCUUCAACAACUGCCACGAGCUCUACAGUCGGGAGUACCAAACCGAUCCGAAUAAGAAAGGAGAACUCCCUCCUGAAGAACAAGGCCCCAGCAUCAAGAACCUGGAUUUUUGGUCCAAGCUUAUCACCUUGAUCGUCUCCAUCAUCGAGGAAGAUAAGAACUCAUACACGCCCUGCCUCAACCAGUUCCCCCAGGAGCUGAACGUCGGGAAGAUCAGCGCCGAAGUGAUGUGGAACCUUUUUGCUCAGGAUAUGAAAUAUGCAAUGGAAGAGCAUGAUAAGCACCGGUUGUGCAAAAGUGCCGAUUACAUGAACCUGCACUUUAAGGUGAAGUGGCUGUACAACGAAUAUGUCACAGAUCUCCCUUCUUUCAAGAGCCGCGUCCCCGAGUAUCCGGCGUGGUUUGAACCUUUUGUUAUCCAGUGGCUGGACGAGAAUGAGGAAGUCUCACGAGAUUUCUUGCACGGAGCCCUAGAACGGGACAAGAAGGAUGGGUUCCAGCAAACGUCGGAGCAUGCCCUUUUCUCCUGCUCGGUGGUCGACGUCUUUUCCCAGCUGAACCAGAGCUUCGAAAUCAUCAAGAAGCUGGAGUGCCCCGACCCGCAGAUUGUGGGCCACUACAUGCGCAGGUUCGCCAAGACCAUUAGCAAUGUCCUGCUGCAGUACGCCGAAAUUAUCUCCAAGGAUUUUGCUUCCCAUUGCUCCAAGGAGAAAGAAAAAGUGCCCUGCAUCUUGAUGAACAACAUCCAGCAGUUGCGGGUCCAACUGGAGAAAAUGUUUGAAGCCAUGGGGGGGAAAGAGCUGGACACAGAAGCCAGCGACAUCCUCAAGGAGCUGCAGGUGAAGCUCAACAACGUCUUGGACGAGCUGAGUCGAGUGUUUGCAACCAGUUUCCAGCCACACAUUGAGGACUGCGUGAAACAGAUGGGGGACAUUCUGAGCCAGGUGAAAGGCACAGGCAACGUGCCGGCCAGUGCUUGCAGCAGCGUAGCCCAAGACGCUGACAACGUCUUGCAACCCAUCAUGGACCUUCUCGAUAGCAACCUGACCCUCUUUGCGAAGAUCUGCGAGAAGACCGUCCUCAAGCGAGUGCUGAAGGAGCUUUGGAAACUCGUCAUGAACACUAUGGAGAAGACGAUCGUGCUUCCGCCCCUCACGGACCAGACGGGUACUCUCUUGAGAAAGCAUGGCAAAGGGACCGAGAAGAGCAGGGCGAAGGUCCCCAGUCACACCGAAGGCACGCAGAUGAUCUUCAACGCAGCCAAGGAACUGGGGCAGCUUUCGAAACUCAAGGACCACAUGGUGCGUGAGGAAGCCAAGAGUUUGACACCCAAGCAGUGUGCUGUGGUAGAGCUGGCCCUGGACACUAUCAAGCAAUACUUCCACGCAGGAGGCGUCGGCCUGAAGAAAACCUUCCUGGAGAAGAGCCCGGACCUUCAGUCUCUGCGUUACGCCCUUUCUCUUUACACGCAAGCCACAGACCUGCUCAUCAAAACCUUCGUGCAGACGCAGUCCUCACAAGUCCAUGGUGGCAAAGGUGUUAGGUUUACUCUUAGUGAAGAAAUAUAUCCUGAGAAGGGAUCCGGGGUGGACGACCCUGUUGGCGAGGUCUCCAUCCACGUGGAACUGAUCACCCACCCUGGGACCGGGGAGCAUAAGGUCACCGUCAAAGUGGUAGCCGCCAAUGACCUGAAGUGGCAAACGUCGGGAAUCUUCCGCCCCUUUAUUGAGGUCAACAUCAUCGGGCCGCACCUCAGUGACAAGAAGAGGAAAUUCGCCACCAAGUCCAAGAACAACAGCUGGUCCCCGAAAUAUAACGAGAGCAUCCAGUUCGCCCUGGGCACCGAGACGGGCCCGGAAUGCUACGAGCUCCAGGUUUGCGUGAAGGACUACUGCUUUGCCCGCGAGGACCGGACGGUGGGCAUCGCCAUUCUGCAGCUGAAGGACCUCCUCCAGAGGGGCAGCUGUGCCUGCUGGCUGCCCCUCGGCCGCCGCAUCCACAUGGACGACACGGGGCUGACCGUCCUCCGCAUCCUCUCGCAGCGCAACAACGACGAUGUGGCGAAGGAGUUCGUCAAGCUGAAGUCGGACACGCGCUCCGCCGAGGAGGGCAGCGCCAGCUAACCACCUCUGUCCCGGUCACAGCUCUUCACCGAGGAGCCAUCCUUGCACCGUUUGUCCGCCGAGCUCCGUGUUGCCAGCUCUGGCCGGCAGCCGCGCUCUCCCAAGGUUUUGGCAAGGAGUCGUUUUGGUCCCCCAGCGCCUCCAGGUUGGGUCAGAGGUGGUAGUGUUGGAAUUGCUCGAGGCCAAGUGAAGCCAUUGGCCUAUCUAAUUCAGUGCUGCCUGCACUAA